UCAUAAUCUAUUGCUCUUGCAUUUUAUUUAAUAGUAAGUCAGCUCCCAUCGGCCAUCUCCAUGUCUCAGCAUUUUCAAACACUUGUAUUAUAUUUUUAUCAAUUUUGAACAUCAAUUAUUACACAUUUUUAAGUGCAUGUGUUCCUCAAAACUCUCCCCACUUCAUUCAAUGCUCUUAUUUCUUUAUUCAUAUUUGACUUUCCGAGUUUUCCUCUUGAAAAACCUUCAGUUAUCUCAUAUCUAGCCUCUUCCUCCUACAGAAAAAAAUUUCUCCACCUUUCUUUAUGAUCAUAUGGAUCGCUUUUCGUGACUUUUCUUGCCAUAGCCAUAGAUUGCAGUCGCUUUUUCCUUUGUUAGGACUCUCUUGUUUUCACUCAUUUAGUCCAGAACGCACAACAAAAAAGCCAACCAAAAUCCAGGAUGUAAUAGACGAGUUGGACCAUUUUCCUUGCUUGAAUCUAGUUCAAUCCAUAAAUACAUACAAUUUCAUUUCUAGUUCAUGGUCAAUAUCCUCAAACCAAUAAAACACGUCAUAUUAUUUACGGUGCUCAUGGAUGCAGCAGCACAGAAGCACAUGUCCAUUCAUGAAUCGCAAAUUCUUUUUUCAUUCAAAAACCAGCAGCGUAACAUUAGUGUAACGCAAAUAUCUCCUAUGGGUGCAGUUUCAGAAGGUGGAUUCCCAAUAAUUGGCGUCGCAAUGUUAGGAAUCAUGGCUAUAGGUUUCUUGCUUGUCAGCUACUAUAUCUUUGUCACAAAAUGUUGCAUCAACUGGCAACAAUUCGACCCUCUAAGGCGCUUUUUCAAUACGUGGACACGCCAAUAUGAAGACCCUUUAAUGGCUUAUUCACCAUCAAGAGAAAGCAGAGGACUUGAUGAAUUGGUGAUACGAGAAAUCCCAACUUUUCAGUACAACAGAAACAGAGUUGGUGAAAGAAGUUUUAGGAGAUGUGUGGUUUGUUUGAAUGAGUUUAAAGAAGAUGAAAUGCUAAGACUUCUUCCUAAAUGUAGCCAUGCUUUCCACUUGGAUUGCAUUGACAUUUGGCUUCAAAAUAAUGCUAGUUGUCCUCUUUGUAGAACUAGCAUUUUAGGUAAUACAAAUAAACAUCCACUUGAUGUUAUUGUUGCACCAAACUCAUCACCUCAAGAUCCUCAUAUUCCACUUCUUAGAAGAAGCAGCAUGUUAGACAGUGAUGAAGAUUUUGUAGUGAUUGAAUUGAGUGGUGAACUUGGAUCAGACGCACAAAAUAGAAGUAACUCUAUUAACAGGGAACUGUUGCAGCCCCAAUCAAGAAGUCAUAGUUACUCAUCCAGAAAACUAGUGAAACAGCAAACAAGAAAGUAUUCAAUCAUGGGUGAUGAAUGCAUUAAUGUAAGACAGAAAGAUGCACACUUUUCAGUUGAGCCAAUUAGGAGAUCCUUCUCAAUGGAUUCUGCAGCGGACCGCCAUGUUUACUUGUCAGUGCGACAGAUGAUACGCCAUAAUAGCCAGCUUAGUGAGGUGAGAAACAAUGGUGAGAGCAGUAGUAGAUCAAUUUGCAAAUCAAUCUUUUCUUUUGGACAUAGAAGAUCCAAGACUUCAGUUUUACCCUUUGAAUCUUAGAUUUUGAUCUUGAAUAUGUUUGUUUGUUUGUUCAUUCUUUGUUGCAAAGUUGGCCUCUUACACAAAUAAUUAACAUGGUUAUAUAGAUUAAAUCAAUUUUUUCCCUUCAUUAGUUUAUCCACUGUAACUGAAUGUCACGUCCAAUGAGGACAAAUGCAUCCCACUAAUUUUUUC